AUGUCCGGGACGCCGCCCACCUCCGGGGAUUCCGGUGGGGCGACGGACAGCCCUAAUACUGGUAUCAUCACGGCGCUCUUCCUCGCCAUCAUCAUUACGGGCGCGGUCCGGGCCCAUCGCCAUCCGGAACGGUACGGACCUCGAUAUACAGCGGGGCGGCCACGACAAAGUCGAACGAAAGGGAUGGCAAGGGCCAUGUUGGAUACAAUUCCGAUCGUGAAGUUCGGGAAUCAACAGGAUCCCAAGCUGGAUGCCGUCAAGGGUGAUGUGGAGAUGGGCUCUGACGAUGAGACGGGUCGUCAGCCAGAUGCUACUCCAGAAACAACCACGGUGCAGGAAACGAAUCCCCAGGCGACUGCUGCUUUACCGGCGACGAAUAAUACCACAACCGAGUCCAAUACAGAACAAGAAGCCAAACCGACGGAAUCUACAGAUCAUCCCAACUUUUCGUGCCCGAUCUGUACUGACGACUUUGUCAAGGGACAGGAUCUGCGUGUCCUGCCCUGCAACCAUCAAUUCCACCCGGAGUGUAUUGACCCUUGGCUGGUGAACGUAUCGGGUACAUGUCCUCUAUGCCGUAUCGACCUCAAUCCCGCCCAACCCGAAGGCGAGAAUGAAAACCAAGAAGGCGAAAAUAACACGGAGACACAGCAAGAGGGCACCGCCGAACCAGCAACAGAGGAAUCACACCAUCGACAUCGCCGCCUAACCAGCUUUAUGCACGGAACGCUGAACGCGCGCCGAAUGCGCGAAGCCACCGUCGAAGAGCGUCUCGCCGCGCUGCGCAGCGUGCGCGAAGAGAACCGCAACAGCAUCGAGAACGAAGAAGAUCGACAGCGACGCGGUCGACUCACGUCCCGCCUUCGUGACCGAUUCCGCAUUCGCACUCGACGCCACGGCGAUGACGGCGAGCAGCAGCCGCCCGCAUCAACAGCUACCUAG